AUGAGCAGUCUGUGUUUACAACGUCUCCAGGAAGAACGUAAGAAAUGGCGCAAGGACCAUCCCUUCGGGUUCUUCGCUAAGCCAACGCGGAAACCAGACGGGACCAUGGACCUGCAAAGAUGGGAGGCAGGGAUACCAGGGAAGCAGGGCACGCUCUGGGCGGACGGGCUGUACCCACUCACAAUAGAGUACCCGGAUGAGUACCCGUCCAAACCGCCCAAAGUGAAGCUGCCCGCGAACUUCUACCAUCCGAACGUGUACCCGAGCGGCACCAUCUGCCUCAGCAUCCUUAACGAGGACCAGGACUGGAGACCUGCGAUCACUUUGAAACAGAUCUGCCUCGGCAUACAGGACCUUUUGGACUCUCCGAACCCGAACUCACCGGCACAGGAGCCAGCGUGGAGGGCCUUCUCCAGAAAUAAAGCAGAGUACGAGAAGAAAGUGGUGAUACAGGCUAAGCAGUACACCAAGUGA